GACAUCCGCGGCGAGUGCAGGCGGCCAACGGACGGUGGCGAAACGGAGACGGAGGACUGACGUGCAAAUAUGUAGGCUUAAAAUCAGAAAUACAACUCAAGGCCGCCAAUGACGAGAGCUCGGGUCCCGCCUGGUUCUUCACUGUAACCGCGAAGCCCCUGUUCAUCCGGAGCUGAUGGAGGCCGGGGGGAGCUCAUCUUCAGCCGGGGCCGCUGGCUCAGAGGAGACGGAGACUGUCAUUGGAGUAGGAUACGGCAUGGAAGACACUGCUGCUAAGAAGGCCUACAUAACCGAGAUGCCCUCCUCAUCCUGCCACUCAGGUUCUGGCCCUGAGAAGAAGAUCGGCCACAGGAGGGUGGACGCAUCAGGAGAGACCACCUACAAAAAAACGACCUCCUCUGCCCUGAAAGGUGCCAUCCAGCUGGGCAUUGGCUAUACAGUGGGCAACCUGAGCUCCAAGCCUGAGAGAGAUGUGCUCAUGCAGGAUUUCUACGUGGUAGAGAGCAUCUUCUUUCCGAGUGAAGGCAGUAAUCUGACUCCAGCGCAUCACUAUCCAGACUUCAGGUUUAAAACCUACGCCCCUGUGGCAUUCCGCUACUUCAGAGAGCUCUUUGGGAUUCGACCUGACGACUACUUGUACUCUUUGUGUAAUGAGCCACUGAUCGAGCUUUCCAAUCCAGGGGCCAGUGGCUCCAUCUUCUACGUCACCCGUGAUGACGAGUUCAUCAUCAAAACCGUCCAGCACAAGGAGGCAGAGUUUCUGCAGAAGCUGCUUCCUGGAUACUACAUGAAUCUGAAUCAGAAUCCACGGACGUUGCUGCCCAAGUUCUUUGGUCUGUAUUGUGUUCAGUCUGGGGGGAAGAAUAUUCGGAUUCUGGUGAUGAAUAAUAUCCUGCCACGGGUUUUCCGUAUGCAUCUGAAGUUUGACCUGAAGGGCUCCACUUACAAGCGUCGGGCUUCUAAGAAAGAGCGGGAGAAGGCCAAGCCCACCUUCAAAGACUUGGACUUCAUGCAGGACGUGCCUGAUGGACUACUGUUGGACACUGACACUUACAAUGCGUUAGUCAAGACACUGCAGAGAGAUUGCCUGGUGUUAGAAAGCUUUAAGAUCAUGGACUACAGCUUGCUGCUGGGCGUGCAUAACCUGGACCAGGCUGUGCGUGAGCAGCAGAUGGAGGGCUGUCAGAGUGGCGGUGAUGAGAAGAAGCCUGCAACUCAGAGAGCGCUCUACUCCACAGCCAUGGAGUCCAUCCAGGGAGGAGCAGCCUGCGGAGACUCCAUCGACACGGAUGACACAAUGGGGGGAAUCCCAGCAGUCAGUGGGAAAGGAGAGAGACUUUUGCUCUUCAUCGGCAUCAUAGAUAUCCUGCAGUCCUACAGACUCAUUAAGAAGCUGGAGCACACAUGGAAGGCGCUGGUCCAUGACGCCGACACAGUAUCAGUUCACAGGCCAAACUUCUACGCUGACAGAUUCUUGAAGUUCAUGAGUUCCACAGUGUUCAAGAAGAGCUCUUCUCUGAAGUCCUCUCCCUCUAAGAAAGGCCGCACAGCCCUGACCGUGCCCAAACACAUCGGGCCUGGGGCAGCGUGGUCAGCCAGCCAACUGCCCUCAGAGAGAGAUCAGAAUAUCUACGACCUGAGAGGAGCGCGCAGCUUCCCGGUGCUGGAGAAUGACGGCCUGCAGCCCUGCACCCCUCCAUCAUUCGAGGAGGCCACCACAGCUUCCAUUGCAACCACACUGUCAUCCAACACGUCCAUAUCCAUCCCUGAGCGAUCCCCCUCCGACACCUCAGAACAUCCCCGAUACAGGAGACAAACCUCAAGUUUAAAAGACAGUGAUGGGAGGGUGGUUGAUGUCCAUGAGGAAGACCAGCAGACUAUCACUGUGCAGGUGGAGGUGAAGAGAGAGAGGGAAGAGGAAGAAGUGGAGAGAGAGAGAGUGAUAGAAGAGAAAGAACCUGCACUCUCCCCUAUUCCACUUCCUACACAUAGCAGUGAGCCAGUGGAAGCUGUGGCUGAAAUCCGCGAGACCGAGAUCCUGGAUGACAUUGUCCCGGAGACGCCACCCCCUCGGCAGACAGCAGCUGUCCUGCGGUCUGCAUCACCAUCGGCAACCGUCCUUCUGGAGGCAGUUGCUGUGGAAACAAGCCCCCAGGCUGCAGCGGUGGUCCCCAUGCCAGGAGCUCCAGAAGCGGAAGCCUCCUCUCCUGCACCCUCCAGCUCCAGGCCCAGUGGGGGUCAGACGGAGCCCGGAAGGCCACUCUCACAGUCCUUCAGCCAGGGCUCUUUGGAGGAGGAGGGUGUGCCAAUCACCGAUAUCUACUUUUAAACUCUAUGCAGCGUGAGAGGUGUUAAGGUGUGCUGUUAGGCCUGAGCCGCUCUGUCUUUCAGACUGAAGCAGCCAUGCCGAUCCAUGAGCCCCCCCGCAGCAGGCACCCUGCUCCACCGAGCAUCAUGGAAAAAGAGACUAUGGAACUUUCCAGAACAAAAAAAAAAAAGGAAAAAUAGAAAACAUCUGCCAGCUCGUUUUUCAGCCUUCCCCAAACUCCCAUUGUCUGUCAGUAGUAGAGCAAACAAGCGAGAACUGUUGCACACGAAGGACUUCCCGGACGUGCAUGUCUGUCUCCGAGGAAUGCAUGGUGCGGACAAUCCAGAGCGUCCUGCGACUGCUCUUCAAUCAUUCCAUGGCCCAAAAGUGACCAUUCCCUCAGUCAUAGCAGUGAGGUUGUUCCAUCUUCUUUGAGCGAGCGUCUUUACAGAAUCUUAUGUGUUUUUGUUAUGCUGACAAUUCACUGUUUCCCCUUCAAACUGUUGCACUGUAUUAAUCUGUGUUUUUAUUUACUCUUGAAGAUGUUCAAAAUAUAACAUCGCUGUCAGAUCUAAACCUCAUAAAUUUUUUUUGCCAUUUGAAAAUGUUAGAUGGCCUUUAGAUUUCAUGAGGAUUGAAAUGAUAUACAGUACUGUGCAGAAGUCAGAGACCACACUUUCUUUAUUUCAUUUUCAGUCAAAACGACCAUUAGAUAUUCAAUUUUGAGCAUCAGGAAAAAAGCUGAAAACAUGUUUAACACAAAAUUCUACAGAAGCCUCAACAACUAAAUAUAAUAUCAGUUUUUAGUAGUU